AUGGCAAAACUGCCCGAAGCCCUGCCGAUCCAUCGGCAUGCCAGGGGAGCGUUCCAUGAGCUGAGUGUCGGGGAUGUAUCCCGUUGCUACCGUGCCGUCGCACAGCAGUUGCUCGAGACCUAUCGACACACAAUGGAUGAUCCCGGAGAGGACGUCGAUGCUCAGAUGAACGAACUGAUAGCUGCCUACCAAGAGCUAGCGUCUCUGGAGACCAGUUCCCGCUCUUUGGACGCCAGAUUGGAGAGUGCUAAACAGAAAUAUCGAGAGUCGUCGCACAACUUGGAGCCUGUCGACCUAUCCUGGUGGAAUCGGUACAGCAGCAAGAGUCCAGACGGAUUGCCAAAGCUGUCAGAUAUCUUUGAGAGGGAAGAGAUAAGCCCGGGAAGGCGGUCGAGGCUGACAAGGGAGGAUAAACUGCUGGACGCCAUCGCAUAUCUAUGGAGGGACCCAACCGGUAUGAUGCCAGACGAGCAGAACAACGACGAAGAUGUCCACAUCGAGGGCGGGAAGAUUGAACUACGGUGCCCGAUAACGUGUCAGGACUUCAAGCAGCCCAUGAUAUCGAAAAAAUGCAAUCAUGUCUUUGAUUUGGAGGGUUUGCAGGAGUACUUCAAGGACCACGCCACGAGAGACUGCGCACAGGGCGGCUGCUCUCAGAAGCUAUCGAUGAGCGAUUUCGAGGAGGACGAGAUUAUGAGACUGAGGUGUCAGAUAGAAAAGGUCAAGAAAAAGAGCUCCACUGAGGAGCAAAUCGCAAUGGAUGUCAUUUGA